AUGUUGUUCUCAGUUCAAAGGGCACUGCUUUGUGGUUGGAUGGCUGUGGCUUUGGAAGCAGCGCUUAUUGCAGCUGUCGUGUUGCCGCAACACGGCUCGAUCGAUCUUUUCCCGAGGUACGUGUGGACGCUUUGAGUACCGCUGGUGCGACCCCUCCAUAAAAACGCCAUCUGACCGGCACUCAUCCUCCGCCUGCCGCAAAGGUCGCCUCUCUUCGGUGGCUGGCUCAAGGAAGCUGCCGGUAGCGGCUCUGCGAGUGCCUCUAGCUCUGCGGCAAAAACCUUUUCGAAUCCAGCGGUGAGUGAGGUCUUGGUGCGAUUUGUCAUAGGCUUGCUUGAGCGCUCAGAUGCGACAGCGGCGCGUACCUGCAGCACGACGCUGCGCACGUCUCGAGGUGGUAUACGGAUGCGGGAAUGCUCAAGUGAGAACAGAACAGGGACCAGGGAUUCACUUGGGUCAAUGGUCAGCCCAGCAAGCCUCCUGACACUUCUUUUUGGACUCGGCAAAAGGCGGUGAGUGUGGCACAGAUUGGUCAAGGCUUGGGCUCUGCUUUGACAGCUGACAGUCUCGUCGAGUCUUCUGGCGUCUCGACGCUGCAUCGCUGCACUUUUCGAUCCAUGUCCAGAAAUCGGACAUGAAGUCGCUCCACAUGUACAGGAAGCAUCCGUCAGAAUCGUCUGCUUAUGCGUUCAACAAGCAUACGGGAGAGUGGAGCACGACUUCCGGCUGGCAGGAUGGUAUCCCGGAUCUCUUCAGCAAGAGCGUCAUGAUGGAUCAUCAGCCUCCCUCAACGUCGUCUGACUUCCGUUGACCUAUGCGGUACACAAUCGACAAGUGACAUCUCGAGUCAAAACCUUGGCCAACCAGGUCUCUGGAGAUGUAAAUCCUCGCUCUCCGCAACUUCGACCUCGCGUACCGUUGCGGUGGCGAUCAGAGCUCGAACGUGCAUCCGUGCAGCCUGUGGCGAAUCGGGUGGCCAAAAUAACGUUCGAUGUCGGCUCCUGCUCCGAACGAGACGACUCACGAGAAGACUCCGGAUACUGUCAAAGCCAAGUGAAUAGCCAAUUCUGACCCGCAAAAGUUGGCCGGCGGCACUACUUUCGUAGAAAUUGUGAUUUGCGUAGACUGGGGUUUUUGUGAAUCGCAAUCGUACCUUGUUGUCGUCGCUCGCCGUUCGGCCAGCCGACUAUAUUCCGACUUAAACUACUUCGUUCGCAGACUCACAGCACAGAAAAAGAUGCCGAAAAUCACGCAAAGUCCGGUGGUCGAGCCUAGUGGCAAAUACUACACGCCCGCAUCGAGGCCCAGCGGCAUAUCAACAUCAGGGAAUUACCGGGGGCUUGGUCAUGAAGCUAGGCGAUACAAUGUACGGAUGCAGGCCGCUUGCUCGGGGACAGCACCGAUGCUGCCGCAAGCUGUGUAGGUGAAGUGCCAACAUCGACGUCACCUGCAAGUGGCAAGGUAAUGAUGGGUGGCGGGAUUCAGUCGCAAACCAGAAAGAGCCGAUGUAGUCGAGUGCUCGAAUCGCCAUCGCCCUCGGGCCCCAGCUGCGGUGCAACAUCGCCGCCGGACGUUCAUAGUGAAAGCGUCAGCCCUAGCAUGAAAAUUGGGGUCACCUCGAAGGUACUCGUUGAGCCUCAUUAUGGACCUCAAAGCUUGCUGCUGUGUUCUUGGUCCUAUGUAUUGCUCGUUACGUCGUGCUAUGCACGUCAAAGCUUGCUGCCGUGUCUGUGUCCUUCUAUAUUGCUUCUUCGGGGUCACCAAGGCCAGCAGUAGGGCAAGCUUGACCAGCUUGAUGCAGAUCAAAAGAAGCGUGAGGUAUAAGAGCGUCAAAAGGCAGCCAGCUCCGUGUGCUUAUGUUUGACACUUGCCCCACUCACGACUACCAUUUACUUGCUCUUUGAAUCGCGACUGCACCGCAGCUGGCUUGCUUGUACGUCAAAGCGUCACAUUUGUACCUGUUGGCUUUCCAAGCUGCCAUCUUCGUUCGCAGGUACAGGUCGAGCUUGCCUAGAAUGCUCCUCAGCAACAAUCCUCUGCACCUGGUCGGGAGCCUCGUUGCCAUCGCGUCGAUGUGCAACGCAGCAGCCUUGCCAAGUCACUCAUCUGCCCCAGCGCUUUCAAAGCGGUGAGUGCUACUCCGAUGCAAGGGAAGCACACAGCCCGCUCACACCGAAUCCGGCCUCCCCCCUCCUUCUCCCCGGGCGCAUACUGCAUCGAGCCACGACAGGGCAGGAGGGAGCAGCUCUUCUCAGCCCUACGUAAAUCCAGACGUGAGCAAUGCUCUUGCUUUGCAAGAGCACCCGCAGUCCUGAUCGCUGGACUGAGCACACUUUCCCCUCGCUCCAUGCGCACUUCUUAAAGCACGACACUGCUCACAUCUCGCGCUGGUAUCAUCCGGAAUCUGGACAGCUCGCAUGGGCCAAGGACAGGAACCGAGGCUUCACCGUUGUUCUAGGCGCCGCCGUCCACCCGCCUGAUGAUGAUUGGAGGACUGAGUUUAGGGCAGUGAGUAAUGCAGGAUCUUUGCCUCCAGUUUGUGAAGCGUCACUGAGCAACGGCAAAUGUUCGCGCUUUGCGCUCAUCAUUUCCCAUAGAAGAAGGACCUGCAGAGUUUUUACAUGCACAGGAAGGACCCCACGACCGGCGAGACGCACCAAUUCAACAAGGGUACCGGCAAUUGGGAUUUGCUAGACCCAGAUCUCUGGAAAAAUGUCGCGCUGGAUUUUGUUCGGCCUCCGAAACCUUAG